GAUAAGGCAAGAGGUCCCUAGCGCUGGCAACAGGGUCCAGUAGCGAGUGAGUCGCCCAAGUGAUCGGUUCAUUCCGGACCAUGCUCUGCAGUGUGGUUGCGUUGGUUCUGGCCCUAGCCACCGUCCAGGCUGUCCACUACGGCUGUGAGCCGGCCACCACCAAGGCCGAUCGAGCGUGUGUGCUGAAGGAUGUUCAGCUUCUGACGGACGAAUCCGUCCGGAAUGCUUCGUUCGACGCGGACCAACCGGUGCUCAGUAUGGAGGGUGGCCAGAUACCGCACUUUUCGCUGGAACUGGCCCGGAAACUACCCACCGUGCAGGAUCUCACCCUCAGCGCGAUGGCCAUCCGGAACGUUACGAUCUGGAGCGGUCUGCGGCACGUCACCGUCAACGGCAGCGGUCUGGAGGCGGUGGACUUUGAGCCGGGUGGUGUUGACCACCAGCUCAGCUCCCUGGUGCUAACCCACAACCGACUGCAGGCCGUGCCCCGGUUCGACGGGAAGUUCCAACGUCUGCGGGUGCUCUCGUUGGACGGGAACCUGCUCCAGAGGGUCCUUCUGUCGGAUUUCGCCAACCUGACCGAACUGCACAGCCUUUCGCUGGCCGCAAACCAGCUGCUCAGUGUGGAACUGGGGGAUGUGCCGGGGGGCAACGGGGCGCUACUGCUCAAGCUGCGGCACCUGUCGCUGGCGGGGAACAGGCUGGUGACGCUCAAGUUCACCGGUUGGCACCUGGAUUCGCUCACCACGCUCGAUCUGUCCGGGAACAACCUCUACCUGUUGGAGGGCGAGCUGCAGGACCUCGGAGCUGCCCUGAAGCGUAUUUCGUACGCCGGGAACGAGUGGAGCUGCGAUUGGCUCAGCAAGGCGCAGCUCUACUUUGAGGAGCAGCAGCGAGUCACGGUCAGUGAUCGUGACGAGCCCGCCCGCUGUGAGCGGCUUUCGAUGCGGAACCUACAGAGUGUCUGCUGCUUCGAGCCAGCCGAGCACGACUUCUCAACCGACGUGUUCGGGGCGCACUGGGACGAGCUGAGCGGGUUGCAGCGGCGCUUCGAUCUCUUGCAGUACGCGUUCGAGACGGAGACGAACACGGGCAAGGACCGGAUCUCCGACUGGCAGCAUCAGCUGCGGGAGCCGUUUGAGCGGGCCACCGCCGUGCAAGCGGAGCUCGAGAGCUCACUCGUCCACCUGAAGGCCGCGGUCAAGGAGGAAGCGGAUCGGUUGGGGCGCCUAGCGGACACCGUGAAGCGGUCGCUGGCGGACCUGCAGCAGUCGGCGGAGGAUCUGCACCGGCGGCACACGAGGCCUACACCGUCGAUCGAUGCGAUCCACCAGCGGUCGUUCGGGAUAAGCAUCGACCUGGCGCGGACCCUCGUCGAUCGGCUGCGCAAGGCUAUCCGGGUGUACGCCGGUCGGACCGACCAGCACGAGAGCCGGCUGCGCAGCUUGGGCGAACGGGCCGCGCAGCUCCGGACCCUGGUGACGCAGCUGGACACGAGCAACCGGGCCCUCGAGCAACGGAUCGCGCCGAUGGAGAAGAUCGUCGACACGGCGUACCGCUUCGUGAACGCUGACCCGGCCUCUCCGAUGCAUGUUUACAGUUAGGUCUUUGUUCCAAUAAACUCAUUGCGGUACAACAACACACAACACAGGGCAUACGCC